AUGCGUUUCAUACGCGAACGACCAGAUGUGAUAUGUCUUCAUGGACGUCAUCAUAUAUCUGCAUCAGCUCUCAAUGCACCUUGCUUAUCCAGUAAUGAUGAUAAUUCUGAUAUAACAUUUGAUAUUCUUCUAUUACCAAAUGAAAUAAAUGUUGAAAAUCUUCUCGAAGCUUUGAAAUCUCCAUUUAUUUCUGAAGAUGGAAAGGUUUUUUUCACUGAAAAUGCUAUUAAUCUGGUGGAGGCAGUAAAGGGUGUUGCUCGAUGUAUAUCAGGUAAAAGUAAUGGAACAUGUUAUAGAGUAGGACCCACUUGUGUAGCUAGCAGUUAUCAUGUGGCACAACUUGUUCUCAAUCCUCCUCGACAUAGAAUUCCUAUGUUUAUCGAUGAAUUUAAUAUUGAAUCAUCAUUCGAUAUCAUCAAAUCUUAUUAUACUGAUGAAGGUUCUCAAUGGAAGAAAUUUUAUCCAACAGUAUCAAAAUAUGAAUAUAAUGGUACAGAUAAUUCUGAAGCCUUUAACAAACAUAUCAGAAUGGAUCCUCUUCUCGGUGUUCAAAAUGAUUUUGAUUAUCCAGAUUAUUGUGUGGUCUCAUUGAUGCAUCAUCUUGAAUCUCAUGUUUUAUUUGUUCCAUCAAUGCGUGUUGGUCAAAUUGGUCAAGCAAUAGCAACUAUCAGUUUCCCAGGUACAGUUAGUUAUGGUCGAAUUCUUGCUCCAUUUAAAUUAGAUGAUAAUCAUCAAUUAUGGAUUGAAGAUUCUAAAAAAAUUUUUACUAUUGAAAAUCAAUGUAUUUUAUCAAAUGAAUGUCUUUUAAAUGGAUCAUCUGGAGGACCCGUUCUGUUCGAUGGUUUCAAAAUAAGUUCAACAAUCGAUCGAAAUGGAAAUCAAUGGACUUUUGUUGAAUAUUCAGCUAUUCAUUUUGGUGGUGAAUAUAUUCCAUGUCGUGAAUGUUUAUCAGCUAAUCCGAUCAAACGUGAAUUUUAUACAAAUCUAAAUGAUUUAGUUGAAUUACCUCAUUGCUCAACAUGUCGAAAUGAUCCAAAUGAACGACAACCAAUUGUGUACAAUUUUGCUUUGACAGUUCAUCAUCCAUCAAUUGUCGAAUCUUAUCGCAUGUUGACAAAGAAUUUACUUGAAACGUUUGACAUUGAUCAACUAAAAAUGUUCAAAGAUUAUUUUGAUCAUUAUCAAAUCAAUCUUGAUUGA